AUGGUGUAUGACAUGACACAUCUGGCACCGGCGCCGCCUCAAAGCAUCUCCCUGAGUCGCUACUAUAUGGAGCAGGAUGAUGACAUGACCGCCAACAACAAUAUGCUCACCAAUGGUCAUGUGGCUGGCGAGGAUUAUGCGGCCAGCACCACAUUGGAUCUGGAUCAGCGAUUUCAGGCGAGGAUCGCUUGUGAGACAGCUGCACAGCCGGCGCCACCGCCACCGCCGACGCCAGCGCCACGACGUCGAACCACGCCCAUUGCCCAUCUGGAUCCCUCCGAGCUGGUGGGUCUGUCACGGGAGGAGCGACGCCGGCGACGUCGUGCCACACUCAAGUAUCGCACGGCGCAUGCGACACGGGAACGCAUCCGUGUCGAGGCCUUCAAUGUCUCCUUUGCCGAGUUGCGUAAACUGUUGCCCACUUUGCCCCCGGAUAAGAAGCUGUCCAAGAUCGAGAUCCUCAAGCUGGCCAUCUGCUAUAUAGCGUAUCUGAAUCAUGUGCUGGAGACACCCUGA